GCCAAGGCCUCCAUCGCUGAACAAUGGCGGCAGUCUUGUACAGCACCUCGAAUUCAGCCCGCCCUUGCACCCGGAUGGACACACCGUUAGCCAGUACAACUGUCCCGGAAUGAUUACGGAUACAGGAGAGCAAGGACUAUAACGUCUACAAUUUACCAUAUGAAGCACUCUUCUCUCCACCUUUGACGGAGGUAUCUCUUUCUUUCUUCUCUUGCUUUGAUUGUCUUCGUUGUCCCGUCGGUCCAAUAUCGAUAGCCGUUUGGCUGCCAUUCCUUUCCUUAUCACACUCAUUUCUCUGGUCCAGAUAACCAGAAUGCCGUUCCUUAACAAACUUAGUGUUUUCGCUGUUGCUUCUCUGUUGUUGAGAGCUGUAUCUGCUCAGACCUGUUACUAUCCGGAUGGUCUGACUCCAUCUGAUGAUAUUCCUUGCAACAGCAAUGCACAGGUCUCACCAUGCUGCCCUACCGGAUCUUUCUGCAUGGACAACGGAUUGUGCUUUGGAGGCAGUGUUGUGUCUAGAGCGUCCUGUACUGAUCAGGCAUGGUCCUCGGCCGAGUGCCCAAAGUACUGCACUGAUGUCAACGAAUCAAGUGCAAUUGGCCUGACAGCCUGCGACACUAACUCCAAAACUUUUGCUUGUGGACUUAACACCACACAGUGCCAGACUGCACACUCGACCUUUACCAUGACCGAUGGAACUGCCUUGGUACUUCGUCCGGCACAAAUUGCAGCUCUUACAGCCAACUACACCAACCCAUCAAGCAGCUCUACCCACCACUACGGCCCGGGAUCUAUGAUCGGAGUCGCCCUCGGAGUUGGCCUUCCUCUUGCCUUCGCACUAGUAAUGGUCGUCAUGGUCCUUCGCAAGGAAAGACAACAGUACCUCCUCCAAAGCAUCUUCGAACAGCGCCUGGAACCCAUGGGUACAUCAGACACCUACCGCAGACGCUCCUUCUCCAACUUGUCAAAGUCCGGCACAAUGACUACCUUCGAUUCCGCUUCUACUUCCACCUAUACCCUUCAACAGCCCCAGCAGCCUCCCAGUGCCUUCCUGCACAAGUACGACUCGCACGAGAAAUUCUAUGACCACGAGAGAGAGUUUGGUGCUCCUGUCUUCGAGCUUCCUGGAAAUGCUCCGGAGAAGAGUAACAGAUUCGAGGCACCUUGAUUUUGCGCUGAAAGCCGCGAUUUUUCUUUUGUCUGAUGCUCUUCUAUUCAUUGGAGUUGUGAUUACCUCGGGCAAGACCCUUGAGGAUGGGCGGGUCACCAGAGCUUUUUUUGUUUAUACCCUUAUCUGUGUAAAUGUUAUAUUGUCAAAUGUCAAUCGAAUAUCCCGAAGCAUUGCUUGGUGGAAGCUGCCCCG